AUGCCGCCGGCGAACGGUGGCGCCGCCGCCGGACCGAGCUACGGCAGCGGCAGGGACGGCCCGCCGGCGGCCACCGCAGCGGUGAAACGCAACAGGCCUCGGUAUCAUGCAUUUACUCAGCAACAACUCCCAGCGUGCAAGCCUAUACUGUCACCCAAUAUGGUCAUUCCCAUUCUUGUAUUCGUGGGCUUGCUUUUCAUUCCGAUUGGCCUUGCUUGCUACGCGGCUUCAAACAAGGUCUUCGAAGUGGUUUACCGAUACGACACGAAAUGCGUUCCGAAGAACAUGCUUCACAACAAAGUGGGCUACAUCCAGAACGCGUCGAUAAACAAGACAUGCACAAUAAAUCUCAAGAUCCCCAAUGCUAUGAAGAGGCCAAUCUUCGUAUACUACCAGCUCGACCGGUUCUACCAGAACCACAGAAGGUACGCGACGAGCUUCAACAUCGCGCAGCUGAGCGACCCCAAGGAGGAGGCGAACGCCGACAUAAAGGACUGCAAGCCUGAAGCCUACGCCGGCAAAGGCAUCCCCGUGGUGCCAUGCGGCCUCGUGGCCUGGAGCCUGUUCAACGACACCUACAGCUUGGCCCGCCGUCCCCGUCGCGCUGGCGGCAUCGGCGGCGUCGAGGCGCUGAGGGUGAUCAAGAGCGGGAUCUCGUGGCGGAGCGAGCGGGAGCGGCUGUUCGGCAAGCACGUGUACCCCAAGAACUUCCAGAACGGCAGCCUCGUCGGCGGCGGGCGGCUCGACCCGAGAAAGCCCCUGAGCGAGCAGGAGGAGCUGAUGGUGUGGAUGCGGACGGCGGCGAUGCCGCGGUUCAGGAAGCUGUACGGGAGGGUGGAGGCGGACCUGGACGCCGGCGAGACGGUGGCGGUGGAGGUGCGGAACAGCUACAACACGUACAGCUUCGACGGGGGCAAGGCGGUGGUGCUGUCCACCGCCGGGCCGCUAGGCGGGCGCAACGCCUUCCUCGGCCGCGCCUACCUCGUCACCGGCAUGGCCUGCCUCGUCCUCGCGCUGCUGCUCACGCUCGUCUGCCUCUUCUUCCCCAUAGGAGCAUCUCCGGCUGCGGUAGCCAUUGAAUCCUCCAUCCAUGGAUCAUGUCGACGAGCAUAG